GUACUCGUCACGUGUGUUUUGAAGACGCGACGCGACCUGCACUCAUAGCACUGUGGAUAUUUUCCCUCUAUUGAAGCGAUAUUAAUACAGUUUGAACAGUAAUGUCGUUUGUGGAGGACGAAGCGUCAGACAGUGUAGUGGACUCGCGCUCGCGGCUGGAAAGCUACGUGUUCAGUUGUGAGUUGUCUUCUGGAGUGCCAUUUUACACAUUUCAGGCAGAUGAAGAUGAAGACGUGGAGCAUUUUCUCGAGCUUAGGACGAUUUGUCUGGGUGACGGUGCCAAAGAGGAGAAUAACGUGGUGGAAGUGACCGCUAUGAAUCACCAAGGAAAGAAAAUAUCAGUGCCUGUAGCUAAUCUCAACAUUACUUGCCUGCCGAUGGUAAGCCUCGGAGAGUUUGAGUUGAUGGCUCCCGUCACACUGCGUCUGAAAUCUGGAUCUGGACCAGUGACUAUCAGCGGCUUACAUUUAGUUGCCACAGAGAACGAAGAGUCUGAAAUAUCAGAUGAAGAUGAUGAAGAAGAUGAUGAUGAAGAUGACAGUGAGGAGGAAUUGCCCUCAGUCAAACCAGCCAAGAAAAAGCAGAAGGUUUAAGCCUCACAAGAUACGAUUUGAGAUCUUUGCAUCAGACCUUUCUACAUUUUUAUACAUUAGAUUUAAUGUUCUUCUAUACCACGUGACUGAAUGUGGUGUAGACAUUAAAGCAAUUUUGUACUGUCAGAUGUUGAAUAGAGAAUGAUUGAAUCAUCAAUACAGCCAGCAUCAUAAACAUCUCUUCAUGCUUGGUGUUUUGUUUUUGUUAAACUGUUACUUAAGUGUAUGUAAGUAACUGCCCCAUUAUACCUCCAGUUGACUCUGUUAGAGGCACUCUGGAGUUUACAGUCCUGUCACCACUGUGUCAUCUAGUUGAGACACCUUUCACCUUGGCUUGAUUUCCCCAAAACACACUGAAAGAUGCUGCACACAGGGAAAAGCCUGUCAAUCCACAUCUGCCUUAAACACAAGCGUAUUUUCUUCUGAUCACAGUGUUGAAAUGAUGACGUACUUUUUUGGCAAUCUGGGUUUUUAAAUCUUAGUCACCAUUGGAAGGACUGAUAUUACUUUGCAUGGUGUGUUUGAGGUUGAGAUCAGUCAAGGACUUGCCAUUUUUGUAUUUUUACAGAUUUAUUUACAGAUUCUGUAAAUAAAACUUGUUUUAG